AUGGCCGCCGCUUUGCUCCUCGUGAUGCUUCCUGUGGUGUUGACCUGUGUUCCCCAGAAAGCAGAUUACGUGAUGGUGUCGUGCUUCCCCAACGCCAUUAUCGCCAACGUGCCCGAGUGUCCAUACGGCUGGGAGAUGGAGCAGCUCUCUCUGGGGGGCGUGUGCUCCACAGGCGUGCAUAGCUCUGGUUACUACCGCUUCAUCAUUCCUGACCUGACGCCCAAGAACCACUCGUACUGCGGCACUCAGUCAGAGUACAUCCCUGGCAAAGAUGCCCGCUACAUCUUCUUGAACUGGGUGGUGUCCAACGACACAUCCCUGACGCUCAGGAACCAGCCGGUCAACUACACCUUCAGCUGCGUGUACCGAGCCACUUAUCUGGUCAACAACGCCGUCUUCAGUCAGAGAGUGGCCACCGUCUACGUCAGCAACGGAACUUUGGGCUCCUUUAUGUCACAGCUGUCCAUGGGUGUGUUCACGAACGCCAAGUUCCUGUACGCCAAAGAAGCUCCGUACGUUAUUGACACCUCCGAGAUUGGAUCAGAGGUCUUUGUCGGUGUGGAGGCCAAAGGGCUGAGUGGACGUUUCCGCGUAGUCAUCGAAAACUGUUGGGCUACGCCGACGCCAUACUCCACAGAUAGGAGGAGGUGGAGCCUCAUCAUCAACAGCUGCCCAUCUGAUGACACCGUGAACAUUUUCGAAAACGCCAAAGAUGGCCGCUCCACCUUCAAGUUCAACUCUUUCCGCUUUGGAGGUCAGGAAAAGUUGUCCACCGUGUGGCUUCACUGCGAGGUUUACGUUUGCGACAGCGAACGACUCGUCUGCCAACCCAGUCCAUGUCCAGCCAGAAGACUGGCAUCCAAAGCGGAGACAAACGGUGGCAUCUUGACUGCUGAAUUUUACAUCAGAGCUAAUGGAUCGGCCAAUGAAGGUCAUAUUAUAGGAGUGUCUCCACCUCUCCUGUUGCUCAUCCUAAUCAACACAUACUGUCAUGCUUACACAAAUUAUAUGUUCGAAACUUGAAGGAAGAUGCCUUGAAGCCUAUUUGGAAAUUCAAUAAAUAUUAGAAGAGUAUAAA